AUGAUUAUGUUUUCUCAUUUGGGCAAGAUUUCUCUUGGUAUUUUGAUAUUUGUUCUGAUAAAAGGAGACAUGUCACUAACAGCACAAGCCUAUUUAUCCUUAGAAGAGAGCCAAGAACCCAAGAGUGCAAUUUCUUUUCUCCUGACUGACUUAGAGUCUAUGGAUCCUUCUUUAACUACUAAAGAGAAACAACCCCUGGACUACAGAGAAAUUGAGAGACAGUGGUUGCUCAGAAGAAGGCGUUCUACUCUGUUUCCUAAUGGUAUAAAACUUUGCCCAGAUGAAAGUGUUACGGAGGCUGUGGCAAACCAUGUGAAAUAUUUUAAAGUCCGAGUCUGUCAGGAAGCUGUCUGGGAAGCCUUUAAGACUUUUUGGGAUCGACUUCCUAGACGUGAAGAAUAUAGUUACUGGAUGAAUUUGUGUGAAGAUGGAAUCACAACUAUAUUUGACAUGGGCACAAAUUUUAGUAAGUCGGUGGAACACAAACACUUAAUUAUGAAGAAACUGACAUACACAAAGGAAACCGUAAGGAGCCCUGAGUUAUCAUCUCUACUUCCUGUUGGUGAUACCUCGACACUGGAAGGUACUGUUUUCAGUGUUCCAUAUCCAGGGGUGAUCUAUGAAGAUACUUCUGAGAACAACAUGGUGAGGCUGGAGGAGAGUAUUAGUGAUGCACUCAAUGAAAUUGAGGAUGUUAUAGAAGAAUCUACAAAAUCAGCCCCUGAGCAGAUUGCAGAAUUUAGUAUCCACCUUUUGGGAGAGGAAUAUAGGGAAGAACUACAGGAUCCCUCUAACCUCUACCACCAGCACCUUGUAGAAGAGUUUAUUUCAGAGGUGGAGCAUGCAUUUACUGGAUUACCAGGCUACCAGGGCAUUCGUGUACUUGACUUUAGGUUGCCCAAGGAAAGUGGCAGUGGCAUAGAUGUCCACUAUGAAGUUACCUUCAAUGGUGAAACCAUCAGCAAUACCACCUGGGACUUAAUUAGCCUUCAUUCCAACAAAGUGGAAAACCAUGGUCUUGUGGAAUUAGAUGAUAAGCCUACUGUUGUUUAUACAAUUAAUAACUUCAGGGAUUAUAUUGCUGAGACAUUGCGUCAGAAUAUUUUACUAGGAAACACUUCUUUGAAUCCACAACCUGACUCCCUUCAGCUUAUCAACGUGAAAGGAGUUUUAUUUUCCCAAACUGAAGAUCUAGAUUGGAAUACCCAGAGUUCAAGUCUUCAGGAAACCCCUCCAUCCACUUUAGAUAAUACCUUUCAAGGUGAAUGGUCUUCAGCAGAUGAAUCUACCACCAGCAGUAUUUCACCACCUGAUUUCAGCUCUGGUACUCCCUCAACCACUGGCAGGGGAGUUUGGUCAGAAAGUACUUUGAGUGACUUACAAUCUAUAGCCAAACUACCUUUUCCCUUGGAGGUGGAUCUCAAUUAUUCUCCAGAGGGUUCAGAGGACAGAAGCUUGAUUCUUCAUUCUGUCACCCCAGCAGUGCUUCAGACUGGCUUACCCAUGGCUUCUGAGGAAAGAACUUCUGGAUCUUACUUACUAGAGGAUGGUGAGGAAUUAAAUUUUUUAUUUUUUUUUUUUUUUAAAUUCUUUACUGAGGGAUUAAUGUUUCACACCACACCUUUUAAUUUGGACUCUUUUGUCUCUGCAGUCAAAGGCCAAUCAGAAGUGGACACUGUGAUGCCAGACACAUCAAUGGAGAAAGAGUCUAUAUUUGAAAGUGGCUUAGAUUCGGGGUCUGGGCAAAUGAUGGAUCUAGUGACUUGGCCCUGGAGCAAGACAUUAUUAGAGAAGAGCACUGAUAUGCCGUCCAAGUCUUCACUUAAAAAUGAGAAUUCAUUUUUGCCAACUGAAAGUAUAGAUGAGAGAGUAAUUAUAGAUGACAGAAUAUACCCUUCAGGCCAAAGUAUUGAGCAUUCUAAAGAUGAGCAUUUUGAUAGAUCCAUGGACUUUGCAGAAGAAGAACCCAUUGGUGGACCUACUGUGCCCAUCUUUGUAGAGACCACAGCUCAAUCUGAGUCUCUAAUUCUCUCUGAGCACACAUUAGAGGAAUCUGACAUUGGUUAUUACUCAGCUACUGGAGAACCUCUUCUAGUGACUUCUCUAACUUCUACUUAUAAACCAUAUCAAGUAGAAUCAUUUCCAAAGGAGGAAAUGGAACAAGCUACUAAGUCACCCAACUAUGAAUGGAUUGACCAUGAAAUUUCAGUAGAGAAGCCAGAUAUACAAUCUUUGUGGACAAUAUUGCCAGAAUCAAAUGCAGUUUGGGCAAGAACUUCUUCUUUAGGGAAAUUAUCCAGAGACACAAUGGUGGGUACACCACAUAGUAGUGACAAACUCUGGUUGAAAGUUUCCAUGACACAGUCUACCAAAUUAUCUCCAACUACAAGUUCCACCCCAUUGGAGGAUGAAGUAAUUGUGGGUGUACAGGAUAUUUCACGAGAACUGGACCGGGUAGACACAGAUUACUAUCAGCCUGAGCUAAUCCCAGAGGAAAAUGGCAAGGUUGGCAGUUAUGUGGAAAUGUCUACACAUUUUCACUCCACAGAGAUGGUUAUUAUGACUCCACCCACAAAAGAAGAUGACUUAAGACAUACCCAGACUACAGGAGCUCUGGUGGUUUUCUUCAGUCUCAGAGUGACUAACAUGAUGUUUUCAGAAGAUCUGUUUAAUAAAAACUCAUUGGAGUAUAAAGCCCUGGAGCAAAGAUUCCUAGAAUUGCUGGUUCCCUAUCUCCAGUCAAAUCUUACAGGAUUCCAAAAUUUAGAAAUCCUGAAUUUUAGAAAUGGCAGUAUUGUGGUGAAUAGUCGGAUGAAAUUUGCCAAGUCUGUUCCUCCUAAUGUCAACAAUGCUGUAUACAUGAUUCUAGAGGACUUUUGCACCACUGCCUACCAAACCAUGAACUUGGCUAUUGAUAAAUAUUCCCUUGAUGUGGAAUCAGGUGAUCAAGCCAACCCUUGCAAAUUCCAGGCAUGCAGUGAAUUUUCUGAGUGUUUAGUAAACCCCUGGAGUGGAGAAGCUGAGUGCAGGUGCCAUCCGGGAUACCUGAGUGUGAAAGAACUGCCCUGCCAGAGUCUCUGCGACCUGAAGCCUGACUUCUGCUUGAAUGAUGGAAAGUGUGACAUUAUGCCUGGACAUGGGGCUAUUUGUAGAUGCCGGGUGGGUGAGAACUGGUGGUACCGAGGUGAACACUGUGAGGAGUUUGUGUCUGAGCCCUUGGUGAUAGGUAUCACCAUUGCCUCUGUGGCUGGACUUCUCCUCAUCUCAUCUGUAGUAAUCUUCUUCCUUAUCAAGAAUUUUCAAGCUCAGUAUAUUAGGAGAGAAAAGAGAACGGAGUCAACUAUACUCUCUUUUCCCUUUUGUGAUUUCAGCAGGCAGCCUGACAGCCUCUCCUCCAUUGAAAAUGCUGUGAAGUACAACCCUGUAUAUGAAAGUCACUUGGGAGACUUGGAGCAGUAUGAGGGACCUUAUCCUCAGCGACCAUUCUAUAGCUAUACAGGUGGAGAGAUGAUUGGUGGUCUGAGCAGAGAAGAAAUCAGACAAAUGUAUGAGAGCAGUGAGCUUUCUAGAGAGGAAAUUCAAGAAAGAAUGAGAAUUUUGGAACUGUAUGCCAAUGAUCCUGAGUUUGCAGCUUUUGUGAGAGAACAUCAAAUAGAAGAACUUUAAUCAGAACUUUCAGUUUGAAGAUGAUUAGAAGCCAAGAGAAGAAGAUGGAUAUCAUGUUACUUUAUUUAUAGAAAAAAAAAACACCUAAAUUUUGAGCACUGUUUGAAGAGUAGUUUUCUUUUAAAGAGAUUACGUUUGGAGCACAUUUAAAAAAAUUUUCUUUAUUGGGAGAUUAAUGGUUUACAGUUAA